AUGGGCGAAAAAGGUCUGGAAAGUAAACUCCCCUAUGAAGAUCAAGUUGCUGAUUUGGAAAGCUGGGGUUUACCUGUCAAUGAGCGACUAGCGAGUAGAAAGAUCAUCCCAAGCCCAAAUUGCGUAAGGUGCGAAGAGGUAGAAACAAUCACGCACGUCUUCUUCACCUGCCCUUUUGCACAAGAAACGUGGAGAAAAGUACCCUUUAAGAAGGAGCUGACGCUGGCUGGAUUACACCAGUUCUCGGAAGGUUGGAGCCGUGUUCAAGCAGAGGUGUGCUUGCCACCGACGGGAGUUAACGCUGGUUCCCUAGCGGCAUGGGUCAUUUGGAGUCUAUGGAUCACCAGGAACUAUCGAAUCUUUCAAGACAAAACGUUUAUGGAACAAGAAGUGGUAACUAAAGCGAUAGUUGAUGGCAAGGAAUGGAGUGCAGCUCAGCCCCUGAAACCGGAUCUGACGACUACAAGAGUAAUGAAAGGGGAGGACUAUCGUUUCGAGACAAUCUGUCAAUCUGAUGCUGCUUGGAAGAAAGAAAGUCUAACUGCAGGAGCAGCUUGGAAGUUUUCAAGACCGAGAGAGGUUUUCAACAGGUCGACAUCGAUGAUUUUCACGUUUGUGAAAUCACCCUUGUGGCGGAGGGUCUAG